CUAUUCAAUUGAGUUACAUAUGUGGAUGAAAAAUAUACACUUACUAACUACAACUUAUAAAUACGACAAUAAAUUAAAAAAUAAAUCCGUCAAACUGGUUUAUUAUCAGUCAAACAAAAAUCGUAGUGUAACAAUAAGCUUGCUGUCAUCAUUAUAUUUCACUCUGUCAUUUAGCUGAAAGGUGUUAGUAUAGUUUUUAUUCUAUCGAAUAAGCUAAGAAAAUAAUAAUUUAAAUGUAGUUAGAAAAUACUAGAAAAUUACUUUUUAACUUUGUAAUUAAUGAUUUAAUUCAAUUAUUCAUUAGCCAAGUGAUUAGCUUUCGAUUAACUUAUAUUUAAUGAUAGCAUUAAGAAUAGCAGACGUGUUAAACGAGAGACGUGCUCUUAUAGUAUACUAUCAUAGUAACUGCCAUAAAAUCGGCUGUGUGCCGGCGUUGAUGGACAACAGUGACGACGAAACUUGCUCCACAAAUAGCACAGUCGAGGCUUAUGAAGAAGAUGGAGCAGAUGGCUGUUGUAACAGGAAUCCGGACAUUUUGGAUUUACUCGAUCCCCGUCGUCUGUCUGAUCUAUUGGACCCGUCCCAUUUAGUGGCCGUUUUGGACGGCUGCCUCAAAACGGACUACGUUCGAGGCUGUGUAGUAGAAACUUGGGACACUGGACUCAGUGAACACUUAGAAGCUAUCGCACAUCUCGUAUUAUACCAGACUUCUGAACACACUGUAAGUCAAAUGGUGUGCGAUCAACUCACUGAACUAUCUGCAGCUUUGAGGCCUACCGAUAAGAAGCAUCCAGCCUGUGUGGACGCAGGCCGCGUAUAUGGUACUCUGAAGUCAGCAGCUCGUUCCCUUUUGUCAACUCAUGUCGACCUGUGCUGCCGGCAGAAUAUGUGUCGUGCUGUGGGUCUGGCUGUGGUAGCACUUCGUUCAAGCACUAGGCCAGUGUUUUCUGUAGAAAACUUUUUAGUGGAAAUUAAUAGCGCCGCUAACUUUGCCAACCUUUACUGCACUUCUUACGCUAAACGUAUUUGCGCAGUACUCAAAGAAAUUUACGACGUAGUUAUGGCAGGCGAUUAUCAUCCUACCAAUGUAGUGGUACAAAUGGCUGUUAUGGAAAAAAGUAUCAAGGCAGCGUUGGAAACGCUUGCAGAUAAUCGUGCGACAUCUGCUCAAAAGAUAACUGUGCAAAAAUCUCUUCUUGACGAACUCGACAACAUCUGUACCACGAUACGCAUGAAAAACUAUGGUUCUUUAGACUCGCCAAUCACUCAGAUGGAACUGAUGGAUCAUCCUCCUGUCCGUUCCGUUUACUUCACCAUGAGCCCCUGGAGAUCACCGAUUACCAUGUACCAUCAAAAGUCCGGGGCCAGUAUCGACCAACUCAUCAAAAACGGCAUUCGACUGAUUGAGAUUCUAGUGACGGAAAUAUUCAAACCUUGUUUGAGCAAACGACAUCGCCGCUGGAGUAAAUAACGCUGACAGCAAAAUUAUUAUUGUUUUGUACAUAAUUUUUAUUGUUAUUUUAUAAUUAACUAUAAAGUAUAUGUUAUUAUACUUGAUACAUUUUUACUCAAUAACGUUCUCUUUUCUAUAACUGUACUAUGGUGAAAUGUUUUUUAUAUUUAUCGUAUAAGUCUACAUUGUAUUGUGACUUUAUUAUUUUUAUUAAAUAUUUAUUAUAAUUGCUUUCAA